AGAUUAAGAAAAGGAAAAAGAAAGAGAAAACCCCAAAAAACAUAAUAACAUUCCCUAAUGUAGACAUUUCAAUUUUAAUCUCCCUUCCCAAUUGCAAACCCAGUUGAAAAAAUGCAGAAACCAACCCGAAAAAGGAAGCAAAUUUCUCCCCAAAACGACAAACAACAUGCAGAAAUCACAAUUGCUAAAAUCAGAUCAACUCAAACCAAGAGAACCCCCAAAACAGCCACAAUUGAACCAUACCCAUCUCACCCAAGACCAACUCCAGAAGAUUGCUUAGCGAUUAGGGAUGAACUCUUGGAAUUUCAUGGAUUCCCUGAAGAAUUCGCCAAGUAUCGCGAGGAAAGACAAAACCCAGAACCUAAAACUUCGAAUUUGAUUAAUGGGUCAGUGAAAUCAGAGGUUUCAGUUGAGAAAUUGAGCGUUUUGGAUGGUUUAGUGAGCACUGUUCUUUCGCAGAAUACUACUGAUGUUAAUUCUCAGAAGGCUUUUGCUUCUCUUAAAGCUGCAUUUCCCACUUGGGAACUUGUCCUUGCUGCUGAACAAAACUUGUUAGAGAAUGCCAUCAGAUGUGGAGGUUUGGCUCCAACUAAAGCUUCCUGCAUUAGAAACAUCUUGAGUUGCCUCAACGAGAAGAGUGGGAAGUUGUGCUUAGAGUACUUGCGAGACUUGUCCAUAGACGAAAUAAAGUCCGAGCUCUCCUCUUUCAAAGGAAUCGGGCCUAAAACUGUAGCUUGCGUUCUCAUGUUCCAUUUACAGCAAGACGACUUUCCAGUUGACACACAUAUUUUGCAGAUAGCAACUACUCUUGGUUGGGUACCAGAAGGAGCUGAUGCGAAGAAGACGUAUCUUCACCUAAACCAGAGAAUUCCUAACGAACUGAAAUUCGAUCUGAACUGCCUUCUGUUUACACAUGGUAAGAUCUGUAAUAGAUGUUCUACAAAAGUGGGAAAACAAGAGAAGAAAGAAUCAGUCAAUAAGCCACCCUGUCCUUUAUUAAACCACUGUAAGAAAUCUGAUUAGAAGUGCAUGAAUAAAUUGGAAUUUCCUUCAGUUAUAUUUCUAUGUCACUCUAUCACAGUCCACAUGGUCACAACAGCAGAUAAUCUUGCACAGGUCCCACCGUUUUGCUGGUGUUGGGUUAGUAGAGAGGUUGCUUCUAAAAAGUGUUGACUUGGUUUAUAAGGUUUGCAACUUAACCAAUUAGGUUCAUACACCCAAGACUAAAAGAGGAGGCAUGUUUUUACCUUUUUCAAGAGUUUAUACUUAAUAUUGUAGGGAAAAAUCUUGUAUGGGAUGGUCUCACAGUGACUUUAGCUUAUUCUGAAGAUGACUUGUUACUUUAGCUUAUA